UCACCCUGUCAUAUAAAAUCCUUGAAUAACUCAAUUUUGUGCUGCAAAUUCCUGUUAAACGGCAAUUUUACCUGCAUUGUGUUCAUCUUGAAUUUCUGAAAAAUGAAAAAGCUAAUCCCCAGCGCAUUUCCAUGGAGAAAUUCAGAGACGAGUGAAAAUGAUCAAACUAUUGAUGGUGGAAAUAGUGAUGAAGAUGAACUGAUGAAUCUUUUGCAUCGCAUUUCUGUUGCAAAAGAACAGGGAGACAGUUCAUGCAUACCUAAAAAGUUUGAACACGUCAUCCUAUUUUAUCUAAAAACAUACCUAUGCGCUGUUAUGGAAUUUGCAGAUGUUAUUUUACCUUUAUCCGCUCUUGCUAUGGGUAUAACAUACAUUGGCCAUUGCCCCGUUUUUUGGUUUCUUCCUUGGCUUAUACUCUUAAUGGGAGCAGAGACUCUCAUUGUCUUGAUUUACAUUUGGGUAAAGAUGAAUGAUGAAAAUUAUCCAAUUAACCAAAAUAUCUGGAUAUGGCAUUAUCGCAUUCUUGAGAUUCUACUAUUAAUUGAAAUCAUGUGCUGUUUUUCAGCUUUCUUUUCAACAAAUGACUCGACGUCUGAAAAUUAUUGCAACAGCAUAUUUUAUUUCUAUGUUGUCUUUUUCAAUGUAUUUAUGCUACUGAAAUUAUUUACAUUAUAAUUGCUAAUAUAUUGCAGUAUUUUAAGUCACGAAUUGUUAAGGAUAAUUUUUAAUAUUGAAAUUUUAUUUGUUUUUAAGACAUGAUUAAAGAAAUUAAUUUUUAAUAAC